GUGGACCAGCUCGCCGCGCAGGCGCAGCUGGCUGAGGAGGCGCUCACGCUCAUCGUGGGGAACUCGGAGGUUGGGGCUUGGCUCAGGGCGGUAGUGCCUGCUGUCGUGGCCCUGGUCCGCGGCGAGGAGCCCCAGUGGCUCGACGUGCUCCGCCGCAACGUCGCGCUGCACGCCGACGCGGUGGACAUCGAUGUGGAGCACGCCUCG